AUGGCAGUUCUAGAGUUGUUGUGGAAUUGUUUGUUGCUGAUGCUAUUUCUUGGAGUACUAAAAGCAGCACUUUCCUUUUAUUGGCCCUCGAUCGGCGAGUGGAGAUAUGACGAUUUACAUCCCUCCCUUCGGUAUCGGGAAUCGUGCAGAGCAAACCAACUGCUCGUGAACGGUGUGUUUUUCAUCGUCUACCCUUGCGUGCUGGGCUUCCGUUGGUACACUUCGCCCAACCGUGCCACACUGUGGACCGAAUGUUGUGUGGAAAAGGAUGAGUUUGAACGUUACGUUGAAUAUUCGCGCGAGGAAGAGGACCUACUGCGCCACGGUAUGAUCCGCGGGCGAAUAAUAAUACAGAAGGAAAUUGUACUGGCAGGAGCUUCGGAGGAUGAUGGUUCGAGCUACAGAAAGUACGAUAAUGCGGACGAUUGUAUUGUUGGAGUUGAAAGGGAGCCACGGUCAAAUGAGCGGAAUGAACAAUCAAAAUGUGAACCGCUAAAUUUGUCGAAAGAUGGUGAAGGGUGUGAUUUGAAUAAUGAGGAAAACGUCUUCAUGCAGCAGUGUAGAGAAGAUCCUACGAGGGUGAAUACAUUUCACACAAGUACAGAAGAAGAGGGAGAUGAUGAUGAGAUUAGAUUAAUUCCUCCAUCAUCUAGGCAAUAUGAGCCUUCAUCGUCAGCUUUUGCUUCUGGAGCUAAUAGAUAG